AUAUAGCUUCGUGCAUUGGUUAAAUAUAUUUUGUUUUCUAUUGAAGAAGUUUAAAUAUGUCUAGCAGUUCCGCAGAGAACGACUUUAUGAAAAAGGAAUCAGAAGAGAAUCUUAAAAAUCGCCGUAAGACUUUACAAGUUUUGGAUACUGACAAGGAAAACUUGGAAAAUGUCAUAGAAAAGCAAAAUCCUUUCAAGUCGGGCAUAAACCUAAAUAUAUGUAAUAUUAAUAGUAGUGAGUUAGGAAAUCGGAAAAAAAUUGAUGGCAAGGCAGUUGGAAUUCGCAUUAAUCCUCAACAUAAAAUAAUCAAGGGUGUGCUGGGAGAAAAGAGAAUCACUGAAAAAGAUCUAACCAGUACUGAUGGUAAAGUCAGCGAAUACUAUUGGGAAAAAUUGGCAGAAAAAAGGCGUGAAGCACUAGAUAUUGCUUUGAAAGAAAAUCAACAGCUGCACGAUCAUAUUCAAUGUCUAAGAGAGGAACUUGUAACUUUUCAAAAAUUGUAUGAAGAAGCUAAGGGUUUGAUAUCUGUGCUGACAGAAAUUCUGAAUGAAGAUGAAAACAAGGAUGAAACUGAACAGAAGCGCACAGUUAUAUAUGAUGAGGGAAGCAACUCGUCGGCAACCGUCAUCAGUGACUUUGAGGAGUAAAUAAAUUGUGUUCUGUAUAAAUUUUUGAAGUUUGUUUACUUUUAUCGAUUAGUACAUGAGGCUUCCAUGAAAUAUUUAUUUUUAGCAAUCUAUUUAAAUAGGAAUUAUAUGAAAAAAUUUCAGUAAUUACGUUUGAUGCAAGGGACUUACUUGGCACAUACGCUUUGCCAAGCUGGAGCGAGGUAUAACUCAUUGUUCAAUUUAAGGAUGUGUAUUAAUAUAAAAAUUGGAUGUCGCUGCCUGUGAGAUUUAAAAUAAACAUAUUUCGACUUUUCAAAGCGUUAUUUGUAAUCGUUUCAUAUUCGCGAUAGGCGAGGGAAGGCGGAUGCGAAUGCUUACAUGUAUUAAGAACUGUAACACACGUUUCCAAGGCAGUUGAAGUCACUAAUUGUAUACAUCACGGAAGUUGUUACGUUCGAGGGUUUUGCUUUAAACUUUCCUAGCGAUCGUCAAGCAUAACAAAUGGAAUACUAUGAUCCCGGGCGGCUAUGGAAACUUAGGCCAUCUAUAAUGCUUCAAUAUAUUAGAGGAGGGAAAUAAUAUCAAACAUGGGAGUUGUGUGGUGUUGAAAGGUGUCGAAAACCGAAGAAGGAAGAAGAACAAAUCUUAUAAUAAAUGUGUACAUAGCUUUUAUAUACAGGAUGUACCAAAAUGAACGGAAAUUUGUGUGCGCGUGUGUGUGUGUGUAUUAUCUGAAAAAGUCGAUAUGCUGCCGAAGCAGUCACGUUCAUUUAUUGGGCGCUUUUUAUUACUUUAUAACUAAGCGCUCACCUCUCACAUCACUGUUCUUUUCUCUAAUGGAGCAAAAAUGCUUUAAGAUAUCAUAUUAGAAAAUUCAAAAUGCUGUUCAUUUCGUUACACCCUUUACAAUUUGACGUUAAUUUGCAUAAAAUUUAUACAAUACUUUUAAAAAUUAUUUGUUCUGUAUACAUAAUUAUUUCACUAAAACGAUUUGAACUUAGUUGAAAAAAAAAAAAAAA